AUGAUCGAGGAGUUUAAGCUCGACAGGGACCCUAAUCAGGCUGAGAUCCCCCUGCUCAACCUCUACUUGGACAGCCACGCCGCGUCAAUUUCCGUCACGGAAUACGUGGCGCUAUGCUUAGAAGAUUGUGCACGACGCUUCAAGUUGUCUCACCGUAAAACAUCCAAGACUAUGGUGGGGGCCCGAUUUAUCUCUGAUGUGGAGGCGUUGCUCGCGAAGAUUAAGUUGGGCUUCAGGGACAAGCUCACCGCGGCUUUAGACAUGUCUAAUCAAGGGUUUGGAGGUUGGCCUGGACACCAUGUACCUAUCCAGAACUCGAACAGACGUCGCAGCCCGUUAGAAGAGGAGAGAGGAGACGAACCCACCUCUUCUGGUCCAGCACAUUUUCACUUCAAUCCGCACUAUCAUGAGCUACAUGGCCACCAAAUUUCCGGCCUUCAGGUUGAAGGUUAUGGCGGAUUUCACCAUCCCAUUCCAGGCUACCACGCAGACGAAGCGCUGUGGGGAUUAGAUCAGACCCCUCAAGUCCUCGAUCAUUAUAGCUCGAGCAAUGUAGAGCACAAUCGACCAAUGCCUGCACCAGGAGCAUCGCAUGUCAUUCCAUACUUUGACAAUUUUUCUGCAUUCCCCGCCACUCAAUCGUCGCAACAAGCGAACUACUUCCUGACUGGCAGUUCCGAUGGCUCUUUGAACGAUCCCUCUUUUUACCACCCCUUGGACUACGGCGCACCCGCCACAGGGUUUCAUUUCGACGCUUUCCCCCCCGGCGGGUCGGCUCCAGAAGCGCAGCAAUUUCCACGUCAGGACUUGAUCACCCAGGAGCAGUUUCGGCAAGCGCACGGAAAGGUCAUGCGCUGCCGGCUUUAUAGAGGGUCGCUUGCUUCCGGAAUAGCGGGCAGGACGGUUACGGACGACUACCCCCUCUGCAACGCACACCUCACCCAUCCCGACCAGUUAAUUCAACAUCUCAAGGACAUUCAUCGUGUCGUUGAGAAUCACACUCUGACGGAUCCCUGCAGUUGCGCGUGGAAAGGCUGCAGACCCUCAGCAAAUAUGACAGCGGGGAGUUACCUGCGCCACCUCAAGACACACUGCAUCCAGUGGGUGUGCCCACACCGUGACUGCCAAGGCGGACCAGCGAGAGCAUUCUCUCGCCCGGAUCGCUUGGUUGAGCAUCUUGUUAGAAGCCACAACUCGAGGGACCGCGAUGCGAAGGCCUUGGUUAGCACCAAUCGUCUCGUCUGUUUCAAGUGA